GCUGUCAUUGGCGAAGUUCGAACGGAAGUUCAACGCCCUCAUCGAAUAGUACCCGAAGGCGGAGAAGUACAUGCGAGUGGUAUAUGACGACCGCGCACGGUGGCGGAAUAUGUCCCCCCUGGUGUUCUCCGUGGGUUCGUGGACGAUACAAGAGUUGAAGGUGCGCCAAAACGCCCUCAUCAGGGAUAAGUACAACUCGCGCUCCACGCUUUUGGACGUGGCGAAGUACUUUUCGGGCAUCAUCUGUUGCCAGAAGGAUGCCGCCAUGCUGCGUGACGCCAUCGACCAUCUGCCGCCUAAUCGGAUGGUGGCUCCACCAGCGACCGCUUUCAAAAGUGUGCUCGAGUCCUGCGAGUUCUCCAUCGCGGGCUGGCCGCGGCGGUUCAUGGAGCAAGAGAUGACCGCGGCCAUCAUGUUUUGCCAGAUGGGUGGUGGGGAGGUGGAUGGACCAGAACGUGCGGCAGCUUUGGGAUGCACGUUCGAGUACAUCGAGGGCAAGCUUUGCGACGUCAUCCACGUCUUCGGGAUCCACGAGCAGCGUGAUGGCAAGGCGUUCGACUACCUCGUCCUGCUCUUUUCCGACGGUAGCCAUCUCUGCCAGUGCCGCACACUCCAAACUCUCGGGCUAUUUUGUCGCCAUGUGUGGGCGGCGAUAAUGCACAGCCCCCGAUUCAGAUUCCACGUAGGCGUCCUGCACGAGCACUGGCUGACGGAAAAGGCGAGGGGAACACCGCAGCAGGACUGGCCGGAUGUCGCCCGCCCUCGAUGGGUGGUAUCC